GGCCGGAGAAGAGAGGAACAAGAGAGGAUUUGUACCCUGUUUUCUCUUUAUGCUCUCCAGGAGCCGUAAAAGGAAUCUCCCCUGUGCUCUUUCUUGAACUGAACUUGCUCUGCACCCUGCCAUGACAGCCCCGGAGGGACAUGGGAACACUGUCUCCCUCUCAUCUUAUUCCUCUCAUCGUUGGACUUACCUCCUCUGGGCUCUGUUGACUAUUUCAAGCCAGGUCUGGGGCUUUAACCUGGAUACUACUCACACACUGCACAAGUUUGGGGACCGAGGCACCUUUUUUGGGUUCUCUCUUGCACUUCACCAACAGCUUACCCCAGAGCCUCAGAGCUGGAUCCUGGUGGGGGCACCACAAGCAGCAGGGCAGGGCUUGUUGCUGGGCAGUCGGCCAGGAGCCCUGUUCAGGUGUCCAAUCACACCAGAAGAGUACGACUGUGAGAGGGUGGAUAUCGAUGGAGAUGUGAGUCUGGACAGAGAGAGCAAAGACAACCAGUGGCUGGGAGUGACUGUAAAGAGCCAGGGGAUUGGAGGGAAGGUGGUGACCUGUGCUCACCUGUAUGAGCUCAGGCAACGUGUAAGCCAAACCUCUGAGACCCGCGACCCCAUCGGGCGCUGCUACGUCCUGAGUGAGGACCUGACAGAGCGAGAUGACCUGGAUGGAGGGGAGUGGAAGUUCUGCGAGGGUCGACCGCAGGGACAUGAGCAGUUUGGCUUCUGUCAGCAGGGCCUGUCUGUCAGUUUCACCCCAGACAACAACUUCAUUCUGUUCGGGGCUCCGGGAACAUACAACUGGAAAGGUGAGAUGCGCGUCCAACUCCUAAACCAGACUCUGCUUGACCUCGGUUUCUAUGACGAUGGGCCCUACGAGGUGGCAGAUCAGAAACAGCUAAAUGCCCAGCUCAUCCCUCUGCCCUACCACAGUUACCUGGGGCUCUUGUUCAUGGCUAGCCCCGUUGAAGAUGCACUGCUGUACAAAACUCUGGAGCCCUCCAACCGGCCUACACCGUUUGAGGAUGUAGCUCAUAAUAGCUACUUAGGGUUCUCUGUGGACUCCGCCAUGGGAAUAAUGAGCCUUGGGGAGCUCACCUUUGUGGCGGGGGCACCAAGGGCCAAUCACACAGGGGCUGUAGUGCUCCUGCGAAAGGACAAUGUGUACCGGCUGGUGCCACAGCACAUUUUCUGGGGGGAGGAGCUGGCCUCUUCAUUUGGGUACUCGGUAGCUACAGCGGAUCUCAACAGAGACGGCUGGACCGACCUGAUUGUGGGAGCUCCUAACUUUUUCGACCGUAAGGCAGAGAUUGGUGGAGCAGUGUAUGUGUACCUGAACCCCCUUGGUCACUGGGACGAUCAGGCCCGUCCCAUUCGUCUUAAUGGUACAUAUGACUCCAUGUUUGGGAUGACAGUCAGCAACGUAGGAGAUCUGGACCAGGAUGGAUACGGAGAUAUUGCUGUUGGAGCACCCUUUGAUGGAGAUGGCAAAGUUUAUAUCUACAGAGGUUCAGAUGCUGGAAUUGAAACAAAACCUGCUCAGGUUCUGGACGGUCGUGACUUUGACGUGAGACGUUUUGGAUACUCCAUCUCAGGUAGUUUGGAUAUUGAUAACAACCACUAUCCAGACCUUGCAGUGGGCUCCCUUAAUGAUUCAGUGGUUCUCUUCAGGUCUCGUCCAGUUAUUCAUGUGGUCAGGGAAAUAACUGUUGACCCUCAACACAUUGAUCUGGAGCAGCACAACUGUAAGGGCAGAGAAGGAGUCUGCGUGGAGGUCAAGGCCUGCUUCACCUUUACAGCCCACCCAAAAAACUACUCACCACACAUAACCCUUGUGGUGCUCUUUGAAGCGGACACUGAGCGCAGGAAGCUGGGCCUACCACAUCGUGUUAAUUUCCUGGGUCGCAGGCCUCUGGAGCCGGAGUACACUCAGACAGAAGAAGUGGAGCUGCAUCACCAGCGUCACCCUGUGUGCACCACUGCUGUCUUCCAGCUCCAUGAGAACAUCCGUGACAAACUGCGUCCCAUCUCGCUGGCAAUAACCCAUACUAUCAAGCCCGUGCCACCACGCAGACACUCAGCUACCAAGAAGCUGGAGAAACUGGCGCCUGUACUGAGUGUUUCUCCCUCUAACACACUGCACUCUGAGGUGAAUUUCCUGCGGGAAGGAUGUGGCACCGACAAAAUCUGUCAGAGCAACCUGAAGCUGAGCUACCAGUUUGGAACACGACCUCUGACUUCUGACCUCUUCACCCCUCUGCCAAAAGAUGAGGAUGAUGUGCAGGUCUUCUCCCUGUCAGACCAGCGGUUGGUGGUACUGGAGAUCACCGUCACCAACAUGCCCUCUAACCCGCUGGAGCCUGACGAGGAUGGAGAUGAUGCUCAUGCUGCUCAGCUGCUUAUCAACCUUCCAAGCACGCUGUCGUAUGCUGGCUCCAGGAUCCCAUCACAAAUGAGGUGUCAAGCGAACCAGAAUGGCUCCCAAGUUGAAUGUGACUUGGGAAACCCCAUGAAACGAGAUACUAAGCUGAAAUUCUCCAUCAACUUGAGCACAUCUAACAUCACGAUCGAGACCACUGAGCUGACAGCAGAUCUCGUAUUAACUACUAUCAGUGAACAGCUUGAUCUGGCCCCAGUCACAGCAUUUGCUAAGGUUGUGAUAGAGCUCCCUCUGUCUGUCAGCGGGCUCGCUCGUCCUCACCAGCUGUUCUUCAGCGGGGCUGUAAAGGGAGAGAGUGCCAUGACCAGUCUGGAGGACAUCGGAAGCCCUGUGGAUUUUGAGUUUGUGGUGGCUAAUCCAGGUCAAGCUCUGAACACGCUCGGCUCGGCCUUCCUCAAUAUCAUGUGGCCUCAUGAGUUGGCCAAUGGGAAAUGGCUACUUUACCCUUCUAGUCUGAAGUUUGAAGGUCACCCAAACACCCUCUGCACUCCCAUGGGGGUCUUGAAUCCUCUGAAGCUAUACAGCUCCGCACCUACAGAGCCUCCACCACCUGUCACUCAAAUGCCUGUUAGACAGCGCCGCUCCUACCCAGAAGAUGAAGGUCAAGUGAUGACAAAAGGCAGCGUGGGACGAACCACCCCAGCUGUGGCAGCUUCAGACAGACGCAAGUCGCUCAAACUGGAUUGUCUCUUGGGGUCAGCACGCUGUGUGCUCCUCCAGUGUCCCCUCCACAGCUUCUCUGGUCAGGCCAUCCUCAAGAUCCAUGCAUGGCUGUGGAACAGCAGUUUCAUAGAGGAGUUCCCAGCAGUCAGUGCUCUGGAGCUGCUGGUCAGAGCAAACAUUACUGUGAAGUCCAGCAUCAAACACCUGAUCCUCAAAGAUGCUGCUGCACAGGUUCCAGUGAUGAUCUAUCCUGAGCCUGGUCUGGCUGACCAGUACUGGAUCCCCUGGUGGAUCAUCAUCAUAGCCAUCCUGGCAGGCAUCCUGUUGCUGACUGUACUGGUCUGCAUACUGUGGAAGUGUGGCUUCUUCCAACGGGCCCACUACAAAGACAAAUUGCCUCAGUACCAUGCGGUGAAGAUCCCUCGUGAGGACCGGCCACAGUUCCAGACUGAGAAGUCAGGAGUUGUACAUAAAAAGGAAUGGGCCACGCACUGGAGCGAUGGGACCUCAUAACUGGCUUUUGAAGCACUGACUGACUGAAUUAAAUCAAAUCACCAUAUGUGGCACUCUUUCUGUCUUUACAUUGGAACUAACUGACUAAACCAAAGUGCACAUAGACUGAGAUCAUGAAAUCUUGUGCACACUGACUGUACUGCGUCAGUACUUGCGUAUUGGUGGCUUGUUACACUGACUGGAUCUAUACUCUCCCAUAUUGUAUUCCACUGAUGGCUGGCCCUGGAUAGUCUAUUAAUAAUAUGCAUCUAUAUAUAUCAGUGUUUUACAGUAAAUACUGAAGGCCCACAACAGUAUUAGAACCAGCCUAGCUCCUUGAUAUCUUUUGCAGCCUGCAGGAGGAGCACUGACGCUCACAUGGACUUUAUGGACAACGGAGAAUAGAGGAUCAAACAACUCAUAUAAACACACAAAGACAUGCAUGCAUGCACAAACAUACCAUAUUAUAAUAGAUGCAUACAGACACACUGGACAUUGUUGAUGAAGAAGCCACUGCCCAUGACAAAGACUAUAUUUUGCCUUAACUACUGUAAGAUUGACGAUGGAUAUGGGCAAUGAAAAGAUGCAUUUUUUUUAUAUGAAUGGUGUUUUGGGGUUUUCUUUCAGUAAGCAAACAUUGGGAAAAUGUCAGUAUGUAAGAUAUCAGUAA